AUGCGUCUUCACUUUCUUUCACUUUUAGCACUGUUCGGUGGAGCAUCUACAGCUUGUGGUGCCGCAAUUCAGUCCCCUCCGAAGGCUGAAGAUCUCUCCCGUCGCGCUACCUCCACCGUCACUACCAACACUACUUCUUACGUCCUUUCGGAUGACUUUGAGAUCUCUGCCACAGCAACUACUCGAGAGUACACUUGGGAGAUUGCUACCGCCACUGCCAGUCCUGAUGGCUAUGAGAGAGAGGUCUAUACCAUCAACGGAGAGUUUCCCGGCCCCUUGAUCGAGGCCAAUACUGGUGACACUAUCAAGGUGACUGUCACCAACUCACUCGACGAGGGCCAAUCUAUUCAUUGGCACGGCCUAUUUCAAGCCUCUACUCCUUACAUGGACGGUGUACCUGGAAUCACUCAGGCGAGUCGUUUCUUACCUGCUCUUAUAGCCCCGCUGACACGUCUGCAGUGUCCUAUCCCAGCAAGCAGCAGCUACACCUACGAAUUUGUGAUCAAUGACCAAUGGGGCACUUACUGGUAUCACUCGCACUAUAGCGUUAGCAUGGCUGAUGGUCUCUGGGGCCCUAUUGUCGUUCACUCUCCUGAUGAAGCUUUGGCGAGGGGAACAGACUACGACGAGGAUAGGGUCGUAUUCGUCACUGACUGGAUGCAUGACCAAUCUGAAAACAUCGUCGACGGCCUACUGAGCACCUCGGGUUACGACGGCUCUUUCGCUCCUCCUGAAGGCGACUCAACUUUGAUCAACGGUAUCGGAAACUACUCUUCUUCAUCCGACAUUCCUUCCCCUGCCGAAAUCCAAGUGCCUGUCAACUCCACCGUCCGACUCCGCUUCAUCAAUGUCGCCUCCCAUGCCAUGAUGCGUAUGUCCGUUGACGAUCACGAUCUGGAAGUGAUCGAGGCCGAUGGUACCGACAUUUACGGCCCUACUCUGCACGAGGUCCCCGUUGCCCCUGCUGAGCGAUUCUCGGUUCUUCUCAACACCACUGAAGGAUCGGAGGGCGAUGCCUUCUGGAUUAGGGCCACCACUGCCACCUACUGCGGCACUACCACCGAGCAGGUUGGCAAGGCGAUCCUAAGGUACACAGGUAGUAGCGGUAACUUGACAACGUCCGAGCCAACCUCCAGCGCUUGGAGUGACCUUGCUACUAGUGAUGAUGAAUGUACACCCCUUGAUGUCGAGUAUACCCUCACCCCUCGAUCGAGCGAGUCCGCAUCUAGCACUGCGCUUUCGACUGAGGUCUUGUCCAGCGAAUUUGGCAGAUUCACCAACGUCAGCGGCGAGUCUUUCUACGGAUUUGCUUUCAACAAUGUCUCCUACCAGAACCAGAUCUAUAACCCUCUCCUCUCGGUUGUGCAAGGCGGAGGCUCCAUCAAUACCAGUCUCAUUCCCACCAUCACAUUCGACGACGAAGGGGCCGUCAACAUCGUCAUCAACAACCUGGACUCUGCUAUCGACCACCCAUACCACCUGCACGGCAAUUGUUUCAAGAUCCUUGCUCGUGGCAGCGGUACUUUGUCCGCGGAUGACGUCGACUCCCAAAGUCUAUCGUUGGACAAUCCUUUGAGGAAAGAUACCGUUUGGGUUCAGCGUGACUCUUGGGCUCUCUUAAGGAUCACGUCAGACAACCCUGGUGUCUGGCCUUUGCAUUGCCACAUCGAUUGGCAUCUGGCUGUCGGAAAAAUGGCUGCCGUUGUCGUGCAGCCUGAUGCCAUACAAGAGAUGACUCUGCCCUCUACCUGGUCUGAUCUUUGUUCUGGUACAGACAUCACUGCUUUCGGGCCUGAUCGCUAA